CCCUCUUGUUUUUUCUUCUCUUUUUAUUUUUAUUUUUUUUUGAAGUAAUACCACCAUCUACUUUUAUUUUUUAAACGCAAAUAUAUAGUCAGCAUGCCUUUAAACCCUACCGAUAUGGAUAUUGAUACUAACACAACAGUUCCUGCUACUGAGUUUAUGGAUGAAGAUCCCCCUGCUAUAACUGAAGAGAGUACUAACGUUGCUACCUUAAUUGAUGAGCUCAAACACGAAGACGUUACUUUCAGACUCAACUCCAUUAAGAAACUUGACGUUAUUGCUAAUGCUCUCGGCAUUGAAAGAACCAGAAAUGAGCUCAUUCCCUUUCUUCAAGAGUCUAUUGACGACGAGGAUGACGUUUUAUUAGCUUUGGCUGAAGAGCUUGGUAAAUUAGUCGAGGCUGUUGGUGGUGCUGAAUGUGCUCAUUACCUUUUACCUCCUUUGGAAAACAUUGCUGCAGUCGAGGAGGCUUCUGUUAGAGAUAAGGCUGUUGCAUCUCUUUGUCACAUUGCAGAGAUUUUACCCGAGGAUCACUUGGAGAAAUAUUUCGUUCCUCUUCUCAAGAGAUUGAGUGUUGGAGAUUGGUUUACCAGUAGAACAUCUGCUACUGGUCUUUAUGUAUCUGUUUACAAGAGAGCUUCUCCCACUCUUCAAGCCGAAUUAAAGACUUUGUUCACACAAUUGGCAGAGGAUGAUAGUCCCAUGGUCAGAAGAGCUGCUGCAAAGGCUUUAGUGAAUCUUGUUAGUGAAGUUUCCGCAGAAGAUGUACUUGUAACCGUCAUUCCAUUAUUCCAAAAAUUAGCCCAAGAUGACCAAGAUUCUGUUCGUCUUUUAACAGUCGAGGUUUUGGUUGCACUUGCAAACCGUUUGUCAAAGGAGCAAACCAAAGAACUCUUGUUACCUGCUUUCACUUCAUUGUCGAACGAUAAAGGUUGGAGAGUCAGAUACAUGGUUGCUUCUAAAUAUGUCGAGCUUGCAGAUGCAUUUGGACAGGAAAUUGCCAGAGAAAACUUUACAACUGCAUUUGUCAACAUGUUGAAGGAUUCAGAAGGUGAAGUUAGAACUGCUGCUGCCAGUCAAAUUCCUGGCUAUGCCAAGCUCGUCGAUAAGACCGUCAUCCUCCAAGAUCUUUUACCUUGUGUAAAGUUACUUGUGACUGACGAGAACCAGCAUGCUCGUGCUGCUCUUGCAAAAGACAUCAGUGGAUUAGCUCCUAUCAUUGGUCAAGACGCUACUAUGGAAUACUUGUUACCUUUAUUCUUGCAACAAUUGACAGAUGAGUUCCCCGAUGUUCGUUUAAAUGUUAUUUCCAACUUGGAGACCAUCAACAAAGCUAUUGGAAUCGAGCGCGUUUCUCAAGCUUUGCUUCCUGCCAUUGUUGAGUUGUCAGAAGAUAAGCAAUGGCGUAUUCGUUUGGCCAUUAUUGAGUAUAUCCCUCUUUUGGCUAAACAAUUCGGAUCCAAGUUUUUCGAAGAGAAACUUUUGGACUUGUGCAUGUCUUGGCUUCGUGAUCUUGUAUUCUCUAUCCGUGAAGCUGCCACUGUAAAUUUAAUGAAGCUCACGGAAGUUUUCGGUGCUGAAUGGGCAAAGACUGCUAUUAUCCCUGAAGUGAUGAAAAUGACAACAGAUGAGAAUUACUUGCAUAGAAUGACCACAAUUUUUGCAUUGACAACAAUGGCGGAAGCUUUAACUCCCAUCAUGGUUAAAGAAUCUAUUCUUCCUACAAUUACUGAAAUGUCCAAAGACCCCAUUCCCAAUAUCCGUUUUAAUGUUGCUAAGUCAUUGGAGACCUUGAUACCAUUAUUGAAAAAAGAUCCCAGCACAACUGAGCUUGUCAAUAGCUCUGUUAAACCUACUCUUGAAAAGCUUAGCACAGACCAAGAUGUUGAUGUUAAAUUUUUCGCUACAAGAGCAUUGGAAAGCAAUGUUUAAUUUUUCUUUUUUUCAGUAACACGCAUACACACACCCACACACCCACACACCACAUCCGUCCUCACAACUUGUCUUAUUUUUCUCUAAAUGUAAAUUGUAGUAGUCUUUCGUAGUAGUAAUGAGCUUGAUUAAAAAUGAAACUUUUUUCUAAAUAUCAAAUAAAGAAAAAUGAAAUACAUAAACUAUA